AUGGUCCUUCUAGGUUUCAAGAGAAUCAGUAUGACCACUUACCACCCCUGCACCACCAACAUGGACGAGUGCUUUCACCGUUACAUGAAGCAGGCCCUGACAUCCUCCAAUAAAAGAUUUCCUUGUCAAGGCAAGAAAUACAAACCAGGGACCUUCGAAUUGUUUGAGAACUCUCGUGGAUACCGGCCAAGGGAGGCAUAUAUGAAUGAAUGCUGUUUUGCUCAGGAAAACGAGGCGCAGCAAGGCCUGCACACAGGUCAACAUCUGAAUGUCAGUGACCUAAACUUCCCUGAUCCUAAGGUUACAUUCUUCUACGGGCCACACUUCCACUUCAUCGAGAAGGACAGCGUGUUUCCGCUGUCGGAGCAGUCUCCGGGAAGGGAGUUCUCUCCUGCCGAGGCGUCCUGGUUCCUCAGGAUACAAGACAAGGCGGCGGAACACCUUUCGGGAUCCCUGGGACAGACCAUCAGGCAGGAAGACUUCCUACACGGCAGGUACCGGUUCCUCCCGUCGGGCCUCGAAUUCGACCUGUACUUCCGUUCUCCCGAGCGAGCAUCGGACCUUCGCGUGACUCUGUUCCAGCCUGUGGGUCUCCUGCACGUCAUCCGGUUGGCCAGCAUUGACCCAAAACAGGUUGUCAAUGUGGUGGUGCCUGUCCGUGGCGCUACGACCCGACUGAGGGACUUGCUGGAUCACCUGGCCGAGGGCGUCUUGCCUUUCGACCCCGCGCUCUCCCUCACGCUUAUCGCCAAAGACAUACGGACUGCAGGCGAAGUCACCGCGAUGGCGGAGGACGCGUUCAAGGCCCUGACCAGCUUUAAGUGGAAGGUGAACGCAAGGGACGCCCUUACGGCGAACGGCCUCACAAUAGAUGACGCUUUGACCAAGGAAUUCGGGGACACCGUUCUCGUGGCGGAGGAGGAGCCUUUCCUGCACCCAGACUUUCUUGUCAGAUGCCGCGGAAACGUGGCACGAGGUAGACAGGUGUACUUCCCGGUCCCCUUCGCGCUGUUCAACCCUAGCGUGACGUACCCUCUGUUCGACCAGGAGGUCCCGCAUCUGAUAGACCAGCUCGUGGUGAAGGAGCACUUCGGUUAUUGGAAGCACUCGAGGGCGGUCGCGGCCUGCGUCUCGAGGGCGGAUCUGGCCUCGCUGCUGAAGGAGACCCGCCGAGGAAUGGUGGCCGCCAUGUUCAAGGAAGCCGUCAUGUCCAAGACGAUUAAAAUAAUAAGAGCGCCAGACCCGAGCCUGUUCCUCGUGUACCAGGAUACAAAUUGCACCUUAAAGGAAAGAGAAUCCUAUUCUGACUGCGUGAGGGAGAGGGCCUUGAACCUGGGUUCCCAGGUCACUCUUGGGAUGUCCCUCCUCAAGGUCAAGGAAGGAACAGACUUCGAGGGCAUACUUUCCAAAAGGUUCCAGUAUUUCUCCCUGAUCCCCCUCCUGGCGUUCGCCGUGGCGCUCCUCCUGGGCUGCAACUGCGCGCAGAACUCGCUCAUCUACAAACAAGCCAAGGCGCUGAGGAAGCUGAAGCUCGAGGCGGCGAGUAGAGUGGCAGCAGACGCGAUGCAGAAGUGAGGCGAGGAGGCGAAGAUGAGAAAGGAGAGCGAGAAGGGAGGAAAGGCAGAUUCAGUCACUCAUGGGAGGAGGAAAGGGAAGGGAAGCCUAAUGCAAGAGUUUGACACACACUAUUUGAUAGUAUAUACUCGUAUGUAUGUCAUGCACGCGCACACACUCACACACACACAGACUCAUACUCUCUCUCUC